UUUUUAAGUUUUCGAUAAUAAUCCUUCUUGUUUCUUUAAUUUUCUUUCAGCAGUACCAACCAGCACAGCAAUGGAGUCUCUGUGUCCAAAACCAUUGUUUCCUGUAUUCUUCUCUUCACGUCAUAUUAUUUAUAAGCCAAAUCUUGUUGUGAGCAGGAAAUUAUGGCCCUGUGCUAAUCAUCACACGGUUAGAACGGAGUCUUCCAAAUCACAAUCAACGCCUCGAGAUUUUAUCAAAUCUGUCAAAAAGGGUUUCAUUGGGUUUGCUGCUGCAGCUGCUACUCUGUCUUCUAUCUGUUAUGGCUCUCCGGCUUUCGCGGAGUCACUAACGGUAGCUUUUCCUGUUUCCCGCGCUCGCGAGGUGAAUACAGUUCAAAGAACACUUGUGGAGGCUUGGGGUUUGAUUAGAGAGAGUUUUAUCGACCCAACAUUCAAUCAUCAAGAUUGGGAUCUGAAGUUGCAGCAGACAAUGGUGGAGAUGUUUCCACUGAAUUCAGCUGAUGCAGCAUACACAAAAAUAAGUGGAAUGCUGUCCACUCUGGGGGACCCCUUUACUAGAAUUAUCAGUCCAAAGGAGUACCAGAGUUUUAGAAUUGGAAGUGAUGGAAAUUUGCAAGGAGUUGGAAUCUUCAUAAAUGUUGAACCAAAGACGGGCCACUUGGUUGUUUUGUCCUGUAUAGAUGGUAGCCCAGCUGCUCGUGCUGGCAUACAUGAAGGAGAUGAACUGGUUGAGAUUAAUGAUAGUUAUGGUAGCCCAGCUGCUCGUGCUGGCAUACAUGAAGGAGAUGAACUGGUUGAGAUUAAUGGGGAGAGACUUGAUGGCAUUGAUAGUGAAGCUGCAGCACGGAAGCUUAGAGGGCGUGCUGGCACAUCUGUUACAGUUAAAGUUCACAGUGUGAAAGAUUCAGCAAGCGAUUCUAAUAUCAGAGAGGUCAACCUGCCUCGUGAGUACAUUAAGCUGUCCCCAAUAUCUAGCACCAUCAUCCCGCAUAGAACACCAGAUGGCCGUCAAAUCAAGACUGGUUAUGUGAAGCUGUCAACCUUCUCUCAGAGUGCUGCUGCAGAUAUGGCAAACGCAAUACAUGAAUUGGAAACCGAGGGUGUACAAUCAUACAUUCUGGAUCUGCGGAACAACCCAGGGGGUCUGGUAAAAGCAGGACUAGAUGUUGCCCAGAUAUGGCUGGAUGGAGAUGAGACUCUUGUGAACACCAUUGAUAGGGAAGGGAAUAUGCUCCCCAUCAACAUGGUUAAUGGGCAUGCCAUAACACAUGAUCCACUUGUUGUGCUUAUCAAUGAAGGAAGCGCAAGUGCAAGCGAGAUAUUAGCUGGAGCUCUGCACGACAAUGGCCGAGCUAUCCUUGUGGGGCACAAAACAUUUGGCAAAGGAAAAAUCCAAAGCGUGACAGAGUUGCAUGAUGGAUCUGCUCUAUUUGUUACGGUUGCAAAGUAUUUAUCACCUGCACUUCAUGACAUAGAUCAGGUGGGCAUAAUGCCUGACGUGCAGUGCACAGCAGACAUGCUCAGUUCACCCAGAGAUUCAUUGUUGAAGAACAAGAGCUCAGCCUCAACUCUUGAAGCAGAUUCUUGCAUCAUGAUUGCAGAACAUGAGUUGGACAUUCAAGAAUCCAAAGGAACUGCAUCUUAGAAGGUAGGACUCUGCAAUCUGCAGUUGUUUAAGCUUCAUUCAAUAAUUCUCAUUGAAUGUACAGAUUUGUGUGAAGAAAUUGAAGCCUCUUUGUACAUGUAUAGUUAUUGUAUAUUGUAUGUUAGAAGAACAAACCACAAUAAAAUAAAAUAAAUGAAAAUCCAUAGCGACUUUAUUAUCCUUUA